GAGGGCAGUGGGCAGGCAUGCGGCACUUACAAUGACCUUGGUCCUUAGCAGUUUGACAGUUCAAACUUAGUUCAACUUCAAGUUGUCCUUGAGGGUCAUUCUCGACUAUAGUCAUGAUAACUUUGCCUGAGGCUUCACUUUUAGCGUUGUUCCUAGAGACUUUGUUCUACGGCGUAUUCUUCACUUUUUACUGGUUGGCCCUGGUCAUACUGCUUAAGAAACGUGGUAUUCAACGGGACCUCCUCAUCCCGGUAGCAACAUUGCUGCUCUGCAUUGCAACGGCUCAUCUAAUCAUCAAUUUCGUUCGAGCACUAGAGGCGUUCGUAUUCAAUGUGGAUACAAUCGGCGCGGAUGCCUACUACUCCAACCUCGCUUCACCGUUAGGACUCGCAAAAACCGCACUUUACAUUACGCAGCCCACUGUCGCUGAUAGUGUCCUUAUUUGGCGAUGCUAUGUGCUCAACAAUAGAAGCCUCUUGGUCGGCAUUCCUGGUUGUAUCGUGCUGUUGGCCAAUGGAGCGGUUGGGUACUACAUUGUCUGGUCCCUUUCUCAAGCCAUCGCAGGGUCGACCGCUCUCACCACCAUUCCUGGGUUAAUCGUAACUUUCUAUACAUUGACCAUGUUUAUUAGUAUCAUUUGUACCACUUUAAUCUCCUGGCGCAUCUGGCGCAGUCGCCAGUCCAUGUCAGACGGCUCCGCUGAUCUUUUACCCGUGAUGAUCGUCAUCGUCGAAGGCGGUGCUAUAUAUGCUACCAGUGUCCUUGCACUCCUUCUAGCAUUCUUGACAGGAUCAAACGGCGAAUACCCCGCGAUGGAUAUUGGCCCUCCUGUCGUGGGGAUCGUAUUCUGCCUCAUCAUCCUGCAAGUACACUUUCAUGUAGGUAACAACCCCCAACCCACCAGCCCACCAAAGCCCUUUACCAUUCUCUUUGGAGAGCGAGGAGAGCAGAAUGUGAGCCAUAGCAUGGAACCGAUGAUUGAGGAGACGGAGAUCAUUCGGUUUGACGUGACGCGCAGCCGACGACUCUCAGGAGAUGAUUGUUAAUUGUUUUCGAAGUUGGACCCAUUUCUGCUUUUCUGUGCGUUUACUAAUAUCCAUGUAUUGUCUUCUACUGCGAACCAGUCCAUAUCUGUCACCUCGC